GAGUCGAGCGGGUGCUGCUAGCGGAGGCGCCAUAUUGGAAGGGACAAAACUCCGGCGACAGCGAGUGACACAAAUAAACCCCUGGACCCGUUCGUCCCCGCAGCAGUCAGGGCCGCGAUGUUGUACCUAGAAGACUAUUUGGAAAUGAUUGAGCAGCUGCCCAUGGACCUGCGGGACCGCUUCACCGAGAUGCGCGAGAUGGAUCUGCAGGUGCAGAAUGCAAUGGAUCAACUAGAACAAAGAGUCAGCGAAUUUUUUAUGAAUGCAAAGAAGAACAAACCCGAGUGGCGAGAAGAGCAGAUGGCAUCCAUCAAAAAAGACUACUAUAAGGCUUUGGAAGAUGCAGAUGAGAAAGUACAGUUGGCAAACCAAAUAUAUGAUUUGGUAGACCGCCACUUGAGAAAGCUGGAUCAGGAACUGGCAAAGUUUAAAAUGGAACUUGAAGCUGAUAAUGCUGGGAUAACGGAAAUAUUAGAGAGGCGAUCUUUGGAAUUAGAUACUCCUUCUCAGCCAGUGAACAAUCACCAUGCUCAUUCACAUACUCCUGUGGAAAAAAGAAAAUAUAAUCCAACUUCUCAUCAUACAGCAACAGAUCAUAUCCCCGAAAAGAAAUUCAAAUCUGAAGCUCUUUUGUCCACCCUUACAUCUGAUGCUUCUAAGGAGAACACACUGAGUUGUCGAAAUAAUAAUUCCACAGCGUCCUCCAACAACGCUUACAAUGUGAAUUCGUCCCAACCCCUGGCAUCUUAUAAUAUUGGCUCAUUGUCUUCAGGGACUGGUGCAGGGGCAAUCACCAUGGCAGCAGCUCAAGCAGUGCAAGCAACAGCACAGAUGAAAGAAGGACGAAGGACAUCAAGUUUAAAAGCCAGUUACGAGGCGUUUAAGAAUAACGACUUUCAGCUGGGAAAGGAAUUUUCAAUGCCCAGAGAAACAGCUGGCUAUUCCUCCUCCUCGGCGCUCAUGACAACCUUAACACAGAACGCCAGUUCCUCAGCAGCUGACUCCCGAAGUGGCCGAAAGAGCAAAAACAACACCAAGUCUUCAAGCCAGCAGUCCUCCUCCUCCUCCUCCUCCUCCUCCUCUUCCUUAUCUUUAUGUUCAUCAUCUUCAACUGUAGUCCAAGAAGUCUCCCAGCAAACAACAGUAGUGCCCGAGUCUGAUUCCAACAGUCAGGUUGACUGGACGUAUGACCCAAAUGAACCUCGAUAUUGCAUCUGUAAUCAGGUAUCCUACGGCGAGAUGGUGGGGUGUGAUAACCAAGAUUGUCCGAUAGAGUGGUUCCACUAUGGGUGUGUUGGCUUGACAGAGGCCCCGAAGGGGAAGUGGUACUGCCCACAGUGCACAGCCGCCAUGAAGAGAAGAGGCAGCCGGCACAAAUAGAGGCGCUUCCCUGGAGCGAGG